AGCGCUCAUGUUUAGAAAUCCCCGCCCUGGUGGCUGUUGAUUCUCGCAUUUUAACCUUGUACACUACAAACCACUUCUCAAGCAAUGGCACCCUCUGCAGCACCUACCCCGUCCGCUCCUUCGACUAGUAAGCGCACCGCAAACUCAACGUCCGACCGGCCUGAUAGGCAACGAGUGGAGGAUAUGGAAGUGAAGCCGUAUGUCAUUGUCAGCGACCUCGGCAAGGGCAGCUUUGCGACGGUAUACCGAGGCUAUCAUGAGCAAACACAUCACCAGGUCGCAAUCAAGACAGUCAACAGGAGCGGCCUCAGCCCGAAGCUCUUCGACAAUCUCCAGGGCGAGAUCGAGAUCCUCAAGAGCCUCUCCCAUCGGCAUAUCACCCGACUGCUAGAUGUCAUACGCGCCGAGCGGAACAUAUACCUGAUAAUGGAGUUCUGCGCCGGGGGCGAUCUCGCGAACUACAUCAAGAGGCGGGGGCGCGUGGAAGGCCUCGAGUAUAUACCCUCGCCCGGUGCGGCUCCGACCUAUUACCCUCACCCGAAGUCGGGAGGCUUGGAUGAGAUCGUUGUACGGAGCUUUCUACGGCAACUAGCGCGUGCGAUCAAGUUCCUUCGACAACGGAAUCUCAUACAUCGAGACAUCAAGCCCCAGAACCUCUUGCUGAACCCUGCCGGUCCGGACGAGUACUCGAGAGGGCACCCGUUAGGCGUCCCUGUGCUGAAGGUCGCGGACUUCGGGUUCGCUCGGUUCCUCCCACAGGCCAUGAUGGCGGAGACUUUGUGCGGCUCACCACUCUACAUGGCACCGGAGAUUUUGAGCUACCAGAAGUACGACUCGAAAGCCGACCUCUGGUCCGUCGGCGCAGUGCUCUACGAGAUGGCUGUUGGGAAGCCCCCCUUCCGUGCCCAGAACCACAUUGAGCUCCUCAAGAAGAUCGAUAACUCGAAGGGCAUCAAGUUUCCCGACGAGGACCCAGCCAUGCACCAGCGUGCCCAAGCGAGAGGCGAGGAGCUCAAGAUCGUGCCCCCCGACAUCAAGAUACUGAUCCGGAGCCUGCUCAAGCGGGUCCCUGCGGAGCGCUCGAGCUUUGAGGAGUUCUUCACGAGCACGGCGAUGGUCAAAUCCAAGUUUCCGCGGCCGAGGGAGCCGACGCCUCCUCCUCCAGAUGAAUACGAUGAGGACCCGGAUCGGGUGCCAGAGCACUAUAAGAGGAUUCCGCCGGAGGUGCUGGACCCCAAGGCGAUGAUUCCACCUGCCAAGAUCAAAUUUAGGCGUAGGUCAUCGCAGGGCGUGCCAGAGGGCGCAUUGCAGGAUGGUUUUGCCGACAACGUCGCUGGACCCUCACGCUCUCCUCCGGCAUACUCCCCACAGUUCAGCCCUGUUCCGAAGACCAAACCACUAUCGCCGGACACGUCGCUUAUCCCCGGAGAGACGGAGGAGGAUGGCGCGCUGCGGCGAGAAUACGUCCUCGUAGGGGAUAGGCAGGCGGUCGAGAUCAACCGUGCUGUGGACGAAAUCACGUCCCGCAGAAAACCUUUGCGCGAUCGUAAGCCGUCUCCAUUGCCGGAAGAGGCGGUCAGCCCUGCAGUGGAGACUUCACCAUACGACCUCACGAGCCCGGCAAAUGCCAACACCACGUUUCCGCCACCACCUAACGUCAACCUGCCACCACUGUCGUCGUCCCCGUCUAGCGCAGUUGCGCGUGCGAACGGCAACGCCCUCACACGAGCGAUCAGCAUGGCGACCGGAAUCCUGCGCGGAUCGAGACGACGGCCGUCUUCAUACCAGCACGAUUACACCCCGUCCUCGCCUCGACGGUUACAGACGUUUGGAGGCGCCCGCGGGCAGGGGUUGGGGCUGGAGCUGCAGGGCGUGAGGGAAGCGGAGGAGGACGAGCUCCUCACGUCGCUCGAGGAGCUCGCGCAGAAGACGGAGGUGCUGACGCACUGGGCGGACGAGAUGUAUGACUACGUGAAGGCGUUCCCGCAAAAACCGCUCCCGGACCCGACGAAGUUCUCGCGGCGGGAAGGGGAGACGGAGCGCCUGGCCGCGCGGCGGAAGAACGCGGACAUCCAAGCAGAGUACAACGCGAUGACGUGCGUCGCGCUGUAUAUGCUCCUCAUGUCGUUCUCGCAGAAGGGCAUCGACAAGCUGCGGAACUACCACGAGCACCUGCAGAUGCGCGACCCAGACGGGGAGCUCGAGGUCAGCGAGGGCUUCGACGAAGCGCUGUCGUGGUUCAAGGAACAUUUUAUCAAGUGCCACGAUCGUGCGGCGUUAGUCAAGACCUGGCUUCCUGCACAGUACACGGGUCCGCCGACGUUCUUGGAUCAACUCGUAUACGACCGGGCUCUGCUUCUCAGCCGGACUGCUGCCCGUAAAGAGCUGCUGGACCAAGCGACGUCCCCAGAUGAGUGCGAGAAGCUUUACGAGGAGUCGCUUUGGUGCCUAUAUGCGCUCCGGGAUGACCUUCUCCAAGCAGACAACCCCUUCUUGAAUGAAGACCGGAACACGAUCUCGACCUGGAUUAAGCGCACGAAGCUCCGCCUGGUCCGGUGUCGCGCCCGCAUGGGCAUGACCGACCGCGAACGCGUCAAGGACGCCAAGCGUGACGACAACCUCACCGACGUUCCGCGAAUACCCGCCCCGUGGGAUGUGGCUGAUGCGGCUGGCGAAAUGCCUCCUCAAGGACCCGAUAUUCGGAGUCCUUAACGCUGGUUUGUAUCAUCAGUCCAAUCACUUUGCCUCCGUGAUUGUCGUCACUCCUAUCCUAGAUGUGCGUUUUCUGUGUAUUCUAUCGUUAUCGUAACCUAGUCAGGAUCUGCUGCGACGAUUAUUUAUUCCUUCUCAUCCACGGCCCCAUCAUGCUGAUUUUCUCAUGGUCUUUCUCAUGGUCUACUUCACCUGUCUCCUGCGUCGUCCUCGUUUCUGCUCUCAUCUCGGCCGCAUUAUAUGGAUACAAUAGCUCGGACAAGUGUGGAUACUGCUUGCGGUCGUUGCGCCGUUAUCCAUACACAUCCAACAUUCCCCGUGUUUACCAUCAAAUGUGACAUCAGCAUCUGUACUAGUAUGUACCUGCAUCAUACAGACUCAUUCCAC